AGCAAGCUACUGUUCUGUUCACCUCUAACUUAUCUUUCAAGGAUAAAUUUACUGGGUCCUCAUUAAACGUCAUUAACAUAUUCAAGAAAAGCCGUGAUUCUCAGUUGCUGUAAAGGCUCUCUGUUAGAUGUUAGUGAAUUUGUAAGAUAUCCGCACUUGUAGCCGGUUUGGGUGAAGAAAACUAAUCUCCAUUGUUUAUCUUUGUUACAUUUGGAAUCUACACAACCUUAUACAAAUAUGCAGAGGAUGUUAUUGCUGUCUCUUUUCGUAUUACUCGUGGACGGUGUGUUUGAUGCAGAAACAGAUAUAACGAUGUCAGUGAUUGAAGGAGAUUCUGUCACUCUACACACUAAUCUUACUGAAAUACUGAACGAUGAUACGUUACUGUGGGUGUUUGGACCUAAAGGCUUUGUCAUAUCCCAAAUAACGAGAAAAAAAGACCUGACCUCUUUUUUCGUCACCGAUGAUGUGGGAUUCAGAGACAGAUUGCAAGUGGACCAAAUAACCGGCUCUCUCACCAUCAGAAACACCAGAAUCAGACACUCUGGACAAUAUAAACUAACCGUCUCUAGAGAAAAGACUACGACUAAGACAUUUAAUGUUACUGUAAUUGGUGUGGUUGGUGAGACGGGUGGAGUGAAGUCAGUAUCAGUGCUGGAGGGAGAUUCUGUCACUCUACAAAAUUAUGUUACUGAAAUACAAAGAGACGAUCUGAUAGUGUGGAGGUUUGGAGAUAAAGGUGUCCUCCUGGCUAAAAUCGACGUGGAAACUAACGAGACUUCAUUAAAUGAUGCUGAUGAGAGAUUCAAAGACAGACUGCAGCUGGAUCAGACUGGGUCUCUGAUCAUCAAGAACACCAGAACUGAACACACUGGACUUUAUGAAGUACAGAUCAGAGGCCGUGAGAGCUCGCAGCAAUUCCUGGUUUCUGUCAGUGCUCUUCCUGAUCUGGGUCUGUCUCCGGGUGUUAUAGUUGGGAUAUCUGCUGCUGUUCUGCUGUUUUUGACUGCAGUUGUAGCUGUUGUUGUGAAUUACUAUCGCGGCAAGAUCUCUGAACUAAAAAAGCAAGUGGCUGUGACAGUUGAAGAAAAGUCAGUGGCAGACGGAGAUUCUGUCACUUUAGAGACUGAUACUGAGCUACAGAAAGAUGAUAAAAUACAGUGGUGCUAUAAAGAAGACAACAAUCUCAUUGCUGAAAUAAGUGGAGCGACCAGUAAAAAAACAUAUGAUGGUUUUGAUGAGAUAUUCAGAAGCAAACUGGUGCUGGUUGAGAAGACUGGAGAUCUCAACAUCAAUAACAUCAGAAGAAUUCACUCUGGACUCUAUAAACUACAGAUCAGCCGCAAAAACAAAAGAACCGAAUACAAGAAUUUCAUUGUUACUGUCAAAGUGAGGACAGAGCCCGUGAAGUCUGGAGAAUUUGUGACUUUAAAUAUUGACACUGAAAUACAAAGCGAUGAUCUGAUACUGUGGACAUUUGGAGCUAAAAAUUGUCUCGUUGUUAAAGUUGAUUCAGGAACAACUACUAUUAGUGAGAAUUUCAGAGGCAGACUGCAGCUGGAUCAUCAGACUGGAUCUCUGACCAUUAGAAACACCAUAACCACAGACUCUGGAGUUUAUAAACUACAAAUCAUCAACAGCGAACAGACCACAUUCAGGAGAUUUGACGUGACUGUCACUGAUUCCACAGGAAAACAAGUGAAUGAACCAGAGACUGUUGAGAUGUCACUGUUGAAUAGAGAAGAUGUGCAUGAAGUGAAUGAGUGAUGAAAUAAGACACGCCCACCAGCGUCAAUCACUGUGACAUCAUCACAACAGCAUGUUUGAACCAGUGUGUUGUUGAGCUGUUAAACUCAUGUAAACCCUUGUUUGGUUUUAGAUGAAGAGGGAAACAUGUUUAUGAACUUUUACAACUGGAUACAGAUCAUCCCAAUUACUUUAUUAAAUUGUAUUAUACUUUAUAAAACUACAGAAGAACUUAUGAAGAACUACUCAAUAGCAGAGAGACACAAGCCUCAAAAUUAACCACAUACUGUCCACAUGCUUGAAGUGCAUUUGUAUUGUUGUCUGUAGAGAAGCAGGAAGUGUGACACCUUUAAAUGAUCUGUGGUGCUACAAUUACCAAACAUCAGCAUUGGGAAAGCUGUGAUAACAAACCUAGAUAAAUUUGAACACUGAACAAUAUGACACUCCAAACUCUAAGUUGAUUUUGACCGUUUCAGGAGUGUUUUAUCUUGUACAUUAGACUGCGAGACAAUGAGAGUGUCUUUUUUUCAUCACAAGGAUCAGUUUUCGCAGUGAUGCCAUAGAAGUACAAUUUUUAAUCGC